AUGCUCUCAACCCUCGAACAAAUCGCAGCGCGAUCAAUACACAUCAGCACAAAACCGCCGCCGCGCUCUCUCGCCGAAACGAAACUGAUUCUCGCGGCGCUGCAGAAAUUCGGCGAAGUCGUGACAUUCCGAAAUCUCAGAUAUGACACAACCAACACCUCCGCAAGCAAAAACAGCACCACAGUCGUGAUCUUCGACUCCGCGGCCUCCGCAACACAAGCAACCGAGUCUUCUCCGCUUCUCGUCGCUCUACCACCCCAGACUCAGAUUCAGACUCAGAUUCAGAAUCUCAAUCUCAAUUCCAGCCCAACCCAGACACCACCACCACCACCCCCUAGCACAGACACAGACACAGACACAAACACAAACACAAACACAAACACAAACACAACAACCAACCAACCCCGAAUCGCAACACCAACACCAACAGGAACCCGCCCAACCCACCUAACCUGCUACAUCGCACCAUCGCACCAUAACCACGAAUCAGCCCUAAAGCGGAACCCCUUCUACACGCGCUUCGAACUCGACCAGUCCUCGGCUAUAUACCGGGAUCUGGUGGAGAACACGGGGAUUCCGCGCCCGGAGCUCGCGGACGUGCCGACGGCGCGGAAGGAGUUCCUGCCCAUGAACGAUCGGAAGAGGGCGCAUUAUUCGACGGUGCGGAUGGGAGGGGGGUCGUUGAUGGGGUUGUAUCGGGAUGGAGCGGCGAGGGCGCAGAGGAGGAAGGGGUCGCAGGGGGAGGGGGGAUUACAUGGCAGAGAAGGAGAAGGAGAAGAAGUUUUCGAGGACGGGGAUGGAAAUGAGAAGGGAAAGGCGAAGAAGGUUGGAUGA